UGCGAUUGUCAAAUCUAAUGUCAGUGGAAAAUCAGAUUUUUGUUUUCUAUUUUUAUAAAUUAUCAAUAGUUUUUCUUAUAAUUUGGAGAUUCGAACGCAGAUCGACUAUUUAGAUUACAUAAUAAUGAGGGCUUUCACCAAGUCAUUAACCGUUCUACUAAGCCUUUCUGCUUUUGGUUUCACCAGCUACAUGCUCUAUUUAUUACUGAAAAAAGAUAAUGAAGAUGAUUUAUUGGAUAACUAUGUGCAAACAUCCAAACAUAAAACGAUGGAGAUUACAAUACCCAAAGCUGUUGUACGAAGCCUCAUAGGACGAAAUGGCAGCAAUAUCAAGAGAUUUCAAGAACAAUCAAAUACCAGGAUCAACUUUCGAAGUCAGGAAGACAAACAAGAUACUAUUUGUGUAAUCAGGGGAACUGUGGAUGCUUGUGACAUCGCUUAUAGUUUAAUUCAGGAGUUUAUUAAUAACCAACCUGUGAUAAACAGUGAAGAUCUAUGGAUCCCAGCUGCAUUUGUUAAAAAUAUUAUUGGUCGCGGUGGCGAAAAAAUUAGUGAAAUUAACACAGUAUCGGGAGCCAAGGUAAAUGUACGUAAUGAACAGAGGGGCCUUUCAUCUGCAAGACUUCAGCUCGUAGGCACCUGUGAACAGAUAAAUGUGGCUAAAUCCCUUAUCGGGGAAAUAGUGGAGCAAUGUAAUCUCGAGAAGGAAUCGAUGCAGAAGCGAUUAGCUAAAAGAGAGCCUAGGCAACCAUCCAAAUUAAUAGACCCCGUCCAAGAAAUUGAUAGUCCUAAAUACGAAAGAUUGUCACCAGUUCCAGGGCAAGAAGAUAAUCAAAUCGAAGUUUAUGUCUCGGCAGUGGAGUCUCCGGCAAAGUUCUGGCUGCAAAUAGUGGGGCCCAAAGCUGUCGAGCUGGAUUAUUUGCUAAAUGAUAUGACUGAGUAUUACAGCAAACCCGAAAACCAACAUAUCCACAUUUUAGACGAAGUUAACGCUGGAGAUCUUGUUGCUGCAAUUUUCCCGUAUGAUAACAAAUGGUACAGAGCCGAAGUUCUUGAAGUCAAUGAUUCCCCUGAAGGCAAAACUGCGACUUUGCAUUAUGUGGACUAUGGGGACGGAGCUGUUCUGCCCUGUAAAGACUUGUUUGAGCUGCGAACCGAUUUUCUUACCUUACAUUUCCAAGCUAUCGAGUGCUUUCUGGCAAGAGUUGAUCCUAGAUGGGAUACUUGGUCUGAUGAAGCGAUCAAUCUUUUUGAACAGUGGUGUCACGUAGCCCAAUGGAAGAAAGUAUCGGCUCGCAUUAACGGAUACACAGUCAAGGAAAAAGUUCGAGCCAAACGAGAAGGAUCGCCAGUACCAGGUGUAGAUUUAUAUGAUGUUACAAACAACGGCGACAUCGACGUAGCUGAAGAAUUAGUCAAAGCGGGCUUUGCAGUAUUCAAAAAAGGAUCAGAUUUACGGUCAAACAGUCGAAAUACCAGUACGAGCAACGUUAGCGAAGCAUCCAGUGUGUCGUAGGACAUCAGAACUGAGAACGCAUUGCACUUACAUAAUGUAAGUAAACGCAUCUGGCUAUCUGGCAGCUCACGAAGUGCAUUUCGAAUUUGAUCCUCAAAUAUUUUAACCUGUUUGAGCAAGAUAGGUGCAACUACUUAAUAAGAAGCAAAUGAAAAGUUUUUUUUAUGUAAAAUGUUGAAAUUAAGAUAAAUAAACUGUGACAAUAAUAACCAUUGUUCUCAAGUUUUUUUAUAUUUAAUAAAAAGCGCGUAGUUUUGAAGUGAGAGCAACCUAUUUCCAAUUUUCUUUGUUAGUAGGUUUUAGUGAAUAAAAACGGUUUAGAACUUG